AUGGCACUCGACAAUUUAAUUUUCGCGCAAUGUAUCCUCUAUUUUCUCGCCUUUGUGUUCGGCUUUAUUGCUGUGGUGCCUCUCUCCGAAAAUACGGAGGAUUUCCGGGGGAAGUGUCUGCUUUUCACGCGAGGCAUGUGGCAGAACGAGAACAUCACCGUGUCGAAGCAGCGGUUCAUCGUGGAGGAGUGGGGACCCGAGUCCUCCUGCAGUUUCAUCACUUUUGUCGGGAUAGCGUCUCUCAUCCUGUCCGCAGUGCAGGCAUGGAGACUGCUGUUCUUUCUGUGCAAAGGACACGACGACUCAUUUUUCAAUACCUUCCUGAACCUGGUGAUCAGUUCCCUGGUGGUGUUCACGGUCUUCCUGUCCAGCACCAUUGUGACUGUAGGCUUUAACCUCUGGUGUGAUGCCAUCACAGAGGGGGGGAGCAUGCCCAGCAGCUGUGAAGACCUACAGGACACCGACCUGGAGCUUGGCCUGGACAACUCUGCUUUCUAUGACCAGUUUGCAAUAGCUCAGUUUGGCCUUUGGGCUGCUUGGCUCACCUGGCUGGGGAUAGCAGUGAUGGCCUUUCUGAAGGUCUACCACAACUACAGACAAGAGGACCUGCUGGACAGUCUGGUCCAUGAGAAGGACCUGCUGCUUGGGCGUUCAUCACGCCGCAACUCCGAUAGCGACCUCAAGACUGGCCUGAUAUAA